ACCACUUCCACAUACUAUAAGCCAACAGUGGGCAAAACGUACCAUGAUACAAGCUGCCGUCAGACUCUCCACGAGCUGCCAGGGUGUGUUGAGGGAGCUGCCACGCGCCUUCGCCUCGCCCCCGGCCCACCACACCCACACCUCCGCCCAGACUCGCAGCCACGUCCACGUCGCGCCACAGACACAACUGGAUUUCGGGAAUGUGAACUGGGUGUUUCGGCACAAGACGACUCGCGAACUGAUGCGGGGUUUGGUGGUGCUUCACGCAUGCGCCAUGGACCCGCUCGUAACGCACAGCUACAAGCUGAUGAAGUUUGGCCAGCGGCUGAUGGGGGAGCGGCUACUGGGCUUGCUGAUGUCGCCUUUCUACUACCAAUUCGUGGCGGGGAACACAGAGGAGGAGCUGGGACGAGUGAGUGGGAACCUGGCCAACGUGGGUGUUAGAUUGAUGGUGGCGCCCAUGCUGGAGACGGACCUUGGCGAGGGAGUGGACGAGCAGGAGAUGUACCUUCGCAACCUGACGAAGACACUGCAGCUGGUGGAACAGUCGCGGCGGCAGAGUAUGCUGGAUGGCUCCCGUCCCGUGUGCCAGACCAAGAUGACAGCACACCUCACUGCGGAUGUGCUGAAACGAGUAUCGGACGCGUACCAAAGCCUAUCACUGGAGGGCAAGGUGAAGGCAGUGGCAACGUUGGGAGAUCUGAUGGUGGAGGAAGUGAAGGCCAAGGGUUCCUCCUCCUCCUCCUCCUCCUCCUCCUCCUCCAAGCGCCUCCUUCUCUCACUGCCUCUCGAGGAAACAGACGCACAACGCCUCAUCUCUUGUCUGCCACGCCUUCAUCAGCUAGGGGCGGCGUGUCGGGAUGAUGGCGUGGUGCUGGCUGUGGACGCUGAGUGGACCUACACCAACCCUGCCAUAAACCUGAUGACCCUCGCCCUCAUGCACAUUUUUAACAGAGGGGAAGCAGGGGAAACAGUACGCCCGGUCAUCUGGAACACUUAUCAAGGCUACCUCAAGGCAGCCGUGGAAAACCUGCAGGAGGACCUAGCAGUGGCGUCGUUACUGGGUAGUGACGUAAGCUUCGGUGCUAAGCUGGUACGGGGAGCCUACAUGGAGAGGGAGAGGGCGUGGGCAGCUGAGCAAGGCCGCCCGGACCCCGUCAACGACACCUACGAGGACACCUGCACAGUCUACAACAGGAUGGUGCGUGUGAUGCUGGAGGAGGUGGCGAAGGCUGAAGAAGCAGCGACACUUCAGGAGCGGCGGCCUCGUCUCGUGCAGUCAUGGUCGCUACGCACAAUGAAGAGUCUGUGGUGCGAGCUACGGAGUUAGUGGGGCGCCUGGGUCUGGAUCCGCAGGGGGGUGACGUGGUGUUCGCCCAGGUGUACGGCAUGGCGGAAAACAUCUCGGUGCCCCUGGCUGCAGCGGGGUUCCUGGUGUAUAAGUCAGUGCCAGUAGGGACCGUGGGCGAGGUGCUGCCAUACCUGAGCCGCCGCGCCGCCGAGAACAGGGCAGUGAUGCGCGGCGCCAGGCGGGAACGACAGCUGUUGGCGAAGGAACUUGCGGCGAGGGUAACGCGGCGCGGGUGAAGAGGGGAGGGAGUUGUGGCGGUGAUGGUGGUAGCAGCAGUUAUAUGUUGCCAAUGAUAUGAAUGCUGUAGUAGUAGUAGUAGUAGUAGUAGUAGUAGUAGUAGUAGUAGUAGUAGUAGUAGUAGUAGUAAUAGUAAUUAAGAAUAAGUGGUUUGCUUAUAUAGACUCAAUGAAUUAGUCAUGUAUCAUUCCUCGUGUCUUAAUAAAAAUACUACGCCA